CCCAUUGGCUUGCUUCAUUCAAGAACUGGUUGCAUUAUAUUAUUAACAUGGGUCUAAACCAGUUGUGGAUGUCUUUGAUGAUGGUUUUAUUGUUACAUGGGAAAUGGUGGUGUGAUGGCUGUUGGGAUGACGAGAGAAUUGCUCUGUUGAAGCUCAAAGCUUACUUCAGUAAUUCUAAUCGCGGGUCCAUGUCUUCUUGGGGGGGAAUUCCCAACUGUUGUAAUUGGGAGUAUGUCGAGUGCAGCCCCAUUACAGGGCGAGUAUCAUCGCUUUAUUUGGGGAUAAAUUCGUCACGUUAUCCCUGGACAGAUCCGACUAUGGCAGAUUGGCAUCUCAACACCUCUUUGUUUCUUCCCUUCAAAGAAUUGAAACGUCUUUCCUUAAACGAUAUUAACAUUGCGGGUUGCGUUGAGAAUGAAGGUUUUGAAAGAUUAUGGAGUCUCGGCAAUUUGGAGUUUCUUGAUUUAAGUUUCAACAGAUUCAACAAUAGCAUCCUGCCAUCUCUAAGUGGUCUUUCACCUUUAAAAUCAUUAAUUCUAGUCGACAAUAGGCUGAAAGGAAUAAUUAAUAUUCAAGAAUUGAAUAAUCUAACAAGCUUGAAGGAGCUGAAUUUGCAAGGCAAUGAAAUUGAAGGUUUUAAAUCCUCUAAUGGUUUGAGGAAUCUGGAGCUCCUUGAUCUAAGUGACAAUCACCUUGACAACAGCAAGCUCUCACAUCUCAAGGGGCUUUCAUCUCUCAAAUCUCUGAAUAUGGGAUAUAAUUCACUCACCGGAACACUUAGCAUGAAAGAAUUUGAUGGUUUGAGCAACUUGGAGGAGCUAGAUCUGAGCGGAAAUAAAAUCAUCCAUUUUGAGGCUCUGAGAGAUGCUAGAGGUCUAAGCAAGUUAAGCAAAUUAAUUCUGGAUAGCAUCUUCAGUUAUGGAGGAAACAGUUCACUGCGAAACACUUCAUUGCUACAUUCACUGGGAGCAUUUCCAUACCUCAAGACCCUAUCUCUACAAAACAAUUGUUUGAAAUCAAUAAUAUCUGCUCAAGGCUUGCCCAAUUUCAAGAAGCUGGAACACUUGUACAUGAAUUAUUCUACUGCCAGCAACAAUUUCCUGCAAAUUAUAUCAAAUAUGACCUCUCUUAAGACUUUAUCAUUGUAUGGUAGUGGACUCAGAGGCACUUUGUUUCAAGGCAUAUGCAAGUUGGAACAUCUUCAAGUUCUAGAUAUUGGUUAUAACGAUCUCAAUGGGUCAUUGCCUUGGUGUUUAGCAAAUUUGACUUCCCUUCAACAGUUAAACCUCUCUUCCAAUCUUUUUACUGGAAAUAUCUCCCCCCUUGAGGGUUUGAGAUCCAUUCAAGAAUUAGAACUGUCACACAAUCACUUUGAAAUCCCAAUUUCACUUGGUCCAGUUUUCAACCAUACAAGACUUUUGCAAUUUCAUGCUGAGGGCAAUGAAGUAUAUGCAGAUAUAGAGGUGCAUAAUUUGAUCCCAAAAUUCCAGUUAGAGACUCUUGUUUUGUCUGGCCUUGGAUAUGGUGGAGCAUUUCCCAAAUUCCUCUACUAUCAAAAAAACUUACAAGUUGUUGAUAUCUCAUAUAUUACAAUGAAGGGGGGCUUUCCAUUUUGGUUGUUAGAGAACAACACAAACCUAGAAAUGCUUUAUUUAGCCAAUAAUUCUCUUUCAGGGCCUCUUCAGCUGCCUAUUCAUUCUCAUAUGGGUUUGUCAAACUUAGAUAUCUCUAAUAAUAGCUUCCAUGGGCAUGUUCCGAUGGGAAUGGGAAUAUCUUUCCCAAUGUUACAAGUUUUGAAAAUGUCUAGAAAUGGUUUCACUGGCAACAUUCCCUCUUCACUUGGCAAUGCUAGCUUCUUGAAAAUUUUACAACUGGAUGGAAAUCAGCUCACAGGAAGUAUCCCGAAUAACUUAUAUAAGUGCUCGUAUUUGGGGACGUUGGAUGUUAGUGAUAACCAUCUCUCUUCUAGGAUCCCAGGGUCCAUGGGAAAUAUGUCUUCUCUUGAGGUUUUAGACCUUUCCAAAAACAAUAUCUUUGGAAGUUUUCCACCAAACUUCAACCCUUCAGAGUUAGUGUUUGUUUACUUAUCUGAAAACAGGCUACAAGGAUCAAUUAGAAAUUCAUUUUAUGGUUGCUCUAAGUUGAUCACAUUGGAUCUUAGCCAUAAUUCUUUGACUGGGACCAUUCCAGAAUGGAUUGGUAGGCUUUCAUUUUUGAGCUAUCUUUCGUUGAGUUAUAACAGCCUUGAAGGUGAAAUUCCAAAUCAGUUGUGCAAUUUGGGUUUCUUAAACUUAAUUGAUUUAUCUCAUAAUAAUCUCUCUGGUCCUAUCGUUCCUUGCCUAAGAGUUAAUGAGGGUUCUGGUGUGAUAGAUCCACGAAUUGAGAGUGAGCAAAUGAAAUGGAUAACAUAUUCUUUCCUCCUCUCGCUUUCUAGAGUGGAUCUUUCCCACAAUAAAUUGAGUGGAGAAAUUCCUCCUGAAAUUGGAGACAGUACUAUUAAAGUGUUGAACCUUUCCCACAACAGUUUGACAGGACCUAUUCCAUCAACAUUCUCAAAACUGAGUGAAAUUCGAAGCUUGGAUCUUUCCUACAAUCACUUGGAUGGGAAAAUUCCUCCGGAGCUUACUCAACUUUAUUUAUUUGCCUUCAGUGUAGCUCAUAACAAUUUAUCUGGACCAACACCUGCAAAUUUUUUGACUUUUGAUGAGAGUAGUUACGAAGGAAAUCCUUUGCUUUGUGGACCACCACUACCUAAGAGUUGCGAUGCGACGACAAUAUCAACUGAUGUUAGAGAGGAGAGUGGCUUCAUAGACAAAGGUGUUUUCUAUGUGAGCUUUCUGGUGACUUACAUCAUGGUAUUGCUGGCAAUUGUUGCAGUAUUUUACAUAAACCCAUAUUGGCGACGAGCAUGGUUUACCUUCAUUGAGGUGAAAAUCAUCAAUUGCCAAUAUUUUCUGGAAGACAAUUUUUAUGUACUCUUCAAAUUCCGAGUACCGUAGCUCUUAAUUAUUUAUGCUUUUGCUUUUUAAGUUGACAAUUAAACCCU